CCUUAUCUUUAGAUUAAUUUCUGAUUGAGUAAUCUAGCUAGGUUAUCUUGAUCUUCUCUGGUAUAGAAGCUAGAAAUCGAGCAUAUAUAUAAUGGAUUAUGAUGAUAGUAAUAUGGAGGUUGUUGAUUCAGAGAUGUCAUCUGCAUCAUCAUCAUCAGUAUCUUCAUUAACUGAUCUGGAGGAUGAAGAUGAAGAAGAAGUUGCUUCCUCCCUCAAUAAUCCCUUGCAAAACAUGUCCUCUCUCCUCCAUCAACUUCCAUUCAAGAAGGGAUUGUCAAAGCAUUAUCAAGGAAAAUCUCAGUCUUUCAUUUCAAUGGCCAAAGUAUCAUGUUUAGAAGACCUUAUAAAGCAGGAGAAUCCUUACAACAAGAAGCUUAAGUCAAGCAGGAGCUAUGGAGGGUUCUUAUCAGAAGCUCAUAUGCUGAUCAACCCAUCAUCAUCAACAUCUUCAUCAGAGAAUAAUACAUCAAGGGAUUCAUGUUCUUCUUCUCUUUCCACUUCAAAGAGAAAUCAAAUUACUCAAAAAAGUAUUACAUCUUCAGCCAGCACAAAUAAUCUCAGUUCAAGUACUAGUAGUACUAGAACCACAUUUCUAAUUUAGUAUGUCAAUCAAUAUUAAUUCUGUAUUAUAUCUCUUAUUACAAUAAGAUUCAUUAAUUAUUAAUACCUUA